AUGACGAAGCCCAUCACAAUGGCCUUAUUACAAAACAAAAUCGGUUCUUAACCUUAUAAUGAAGUAAAAAAGUUAAAUCUUUGGGGAAUAGAUUGUGAGGAUGUAUCUCCGCUCACUAUGUUUCCAAACCUUUAAAUUCUAUAGUUAUCAAGAAAUUAGAUUGGAACCUUGAAACAUAUAAGCAAAUUAAAAUAAUUGAAAGAACUUUAUCUAGGACAAAAUAAAAUCAAAGAUAUAAAAGAACUUGAGUAUUUAAAAGAAUUAUAUAAUUUACGAGUAUUGAGUUUGAUAGGUUUGAUAUGCAUAACUAUUUAGAAAAUCCUGUGGUUGAACAUCCUGAAUAUAAAAAGGUAGCUUUAAAGCAUUGUUUAGGUUUACAAAUACUAGAUGAUUCAAAAAUUACGGAGAAAGAUAGAUAAUUCCUAAAAGAAUGUGAAUUAUAAGAUUAAUCAUAGAAUUUAGAUGAUAAUUCAAAUUAAGAGGAAAACGAUGAGAAUGAAAAAUAAUUUAAAUAUAGAAAUUAAAAAGCAAAAAAUUUUAAAAAAUUAAAAGUUGAACCUAAAUUUUGUUAAUCAUCUGAUUAAUCAACUAAUGGUUCAAAAAAUAAAUUUGAUUCAAAUUCAUAAAAGUUAUCAAAUACUAUUAAUGAUGUUAAAAUGUAUCCAAUAACUUCUGAAACUUCACAAUAAUUUUAAAAGAAAAAAUAAAAGUUCUCUUCUAUUAAUAAAGUAAAAUAAAAAAAAAAAUAAAUUGGUUAAUCUAAUUAUAUUCAAUUAGAUUCAGAUUAUUCAUAAUGUUAAAGUAUUAAAUCUCAUAGAAGUACUUUGAAAAAAUUAAAAAAGCUAUCUGAUAAGUCUGAGUAAAAUAGUUAGAUUAGAUAAUCGAAAUUAGAAAUUAGUUUAGUGGAGGAAUAAAAGAAUUAAGAAGAAUUUCAGAUGUAAAUGAAAAUAAAUUAAAAUGAAGACAUUAAAGAAAUAAUAAUAUAGAAAAGAAAUGAAUAAUAACUCAACCAGUAUUUAGUUUCUGUUAUAUCAAACUUAAUUUAAUAUAUCGAUAAAUCAGCUUUAUAAUGCUUAUAUAAGAUUUUAUGUGAGAAAGUCAAUUGA